ACUGCUGACUUAAGCAUCGGAGUGUCUACCCCGAGGAUCCACCUCGGGGCCUUGCAGGUUGAUCUAGAGUGCAGAUACGAACUGAAGAAAGACUUCUGGUUUGGUGCAGUUACAUUUUGGCGCCGUCUGUGGGAAUCUGAACUAAAGGCUCCCUUGUUGCUCUUAUUAUGGUUAAAACUAGGUCAACCCGAGGGGGAAACUCGUCUCAGCCUCUUGGACGAGGUCAGAUCCCUAGCAACCUUCCACCUCACCCCCCACCCCCAAUCCCGAAUACAUUCCCUCAUGUUGACCAUACAGAAGGAGGGGAUGAAAAUCAGCCACACAAUUCGGCUCGCAACUCCACCUCUACUACUAACCAAGACGUAGUUGCAACUCAGUUCGCUGCCAUGCAGCAGCAGUUUGGUGUUUUUCAGCUGGUGCUGGCUCAGUUAUUAGCCCGGAACAAUCCUGGCGAUCCACUCAUCAACCUACUCAAUCCUGCUCCACAACCCCCAGCCCCACCACAAAAUCCUGAACCAGUUCAGCAUGCUCCCGUUGUUAGUGAAUCUCAGGGCCAAUCUCACAUCGCACCAGCUCAGCAACCCCUUCAUGAUGAUGUCACUCGACGUCUAGAUAGCUUAGAAAAGCUAGUGGUUGAACAGCGAGGUGCCCCACCUCCACACCCUGCUGCUGAUUCUGUACCCCACCCUCUCAACAACAAUAUUAUACUAGAACCUUAUCCCACUGGCUUCAGAAUACCACAGCUUGAAACUUAUGACGGGACGAAGGACCCCGAUGAUCAUCUACAUGCUUUCUACUCUUGCAUUCUGCCUCCGAGGUCAAUCAACUCUUACACAGAACUGGCAUCUGCUUUUGCCACAAAGUUUUCCAGUAGAAGGUUGAUCAAGAAAACCACUUCUGAGCUGAUGCGAGUUAAGCAGAGGGACGGAGAGUCUUUGAAGAAUUUUAUGAGCAGAUUCAAUGAUGCAGUGCUGGAGGUUAAUUCUUUUGACCAAGCUGUGGGAAUUACAGCUGUGAUCUUGGGUCUUAGCCAUGAGAGGUUCCGAGAUAGUCUGCUCAAACAUCUUGCCAACACCUUCAGCGAGGUAAAUGACAGAUCGUUGAAAUUCAUAACCGCUGAGGAAUAUGCCCUGUCGCAGAACAUAACUCCUAUUAAGAACCAACACCCGGACUGGAGAGAUGAGAAUCCGAACAGGAAACGGAUGAAGACAACACAGAACCGAGGUCCGAUGCCAACUUCCACCCUAAGAUUCGGAAGGCCGAACUCAGCACCUCCGCAACAACCUGCAGGUAAACCUCCAGUUAAUUGGACUCCUUUUAAUUUACCGAGGUCACAAAUCUUUAUGCAGAUUAAGAAUAAGAUGGACUUGAGACGUCCGGGUCCAAUGAGAACUGCUGCUGCUACCAGAGACCAUACAAGGUAUUGUGAUUUUCAUCAAGAUCACGGUCAUACAACAGAGCAAUGCAAUAGUCUGAGGGAACAAAGGCCACAGCAUCAAGGAGUCCACAAUCCCCCAAACAGACAAGGUGUGGGAUAUCAGCAAGCCCCACCACCACUCCCACCACCAGCUAGAGUCAUACACAUGAUUACGGGAGGUCUGGAAGUAGUCGUCACACCUCACAAUGAUCCCCUAGUCACUUCUAUCACGAUCAACAAUUGUGAGGUGCAGCGUGUCCUUGUUGACACAGGGAGUGCACCAAACAUCAUGUACUUCCAUUGUUUUGAGAGUCUGGGGUUGGAUCCGGCUUUGUUGCAGCGGUAUGAUGGUCCUAUCUACGGAUUCAACAACCAGCCAGUUCCAGUUGAAGGAGUCCUCACCAUGAAUGUUGCAUUUGGAAGUGGCCGGAGUUAUGUGACCCCUUCAGUUAGGUUUCUGGUAGUCAAGAUGGCGUCCUCAUUCAACAUCGUCAUCGGCCGACCCACACUGACUGAAAUCCGAGCUGUGGUCUCCCAGUCUCACCUAUGCAUGAAAUUCCCAACUCCUACAGGAAUAGCAACGCUGCGAGGCAACCAGGAGGUGGCCCGACAUUGUUAUAUCACCUCGGUAACACAACCUCAGAAGGGCAAGGCUCAGACACCCGAGAUUAAUCCCAAACGGAUUCCUGAUGAUCGACAAGUUAUGGGUGUUGAGAUAGUAGAUAACCGACCAGAAGAUGAAACUAGAGCUGCUCCAGUAGAAGAUGUGGAGGAGGUACAGAUUGAUGACAGAGAUCCGAGCCGGAAAACGCAAAUUGGGACUAAAUUGAACCCGGAGGAAAGAGCAGAGCUAAUAGCUUUUCUUCGGCCCAAUAAAGAUGUUUUUGCGUGGACUUCAGCAGACAUGCCGGGAAUUCCCACUUCAGUUAUUAAAGAAGAAGUCGAGAAACUCCUACAAGCCGGCUUUAUCAGAAGGAUAGAUUACUGUGAGUGGGUUGCCAAUCCGGUGUUGGUGAAAAAAGCGAACGGUAAGUGGCGGAUGUGCAUUGAUUACACUAACCUCAAUGAUGCAUGUCCAAAAGACUGUUAUCCAAUGCCAAACAUUGAUAAGCUGGUUGAGGCAGCUUCGGGAAAUGAGAGAUUAAGCCUCUUGGAUGCGUACUCAGGUUACCACCAGGUCCCAAUGGCUGCGGAGGAUGAAGAAAAAACCUUGUUCUAUGCUGGCGAUGAGAUCUAUUACUAUGUAAUGAUGCCCUUCGGCUUGAAGAACGCAGGUGCCACUUACCAGAAGAUGGUUACCAUCGUAUUUCGAGCUCAGAUAGGACGGAAUCUGGAAGUUUAUGUUGAUGAGAUAGUGGUAAAGAGUUUGAAAGUUGACGAUCACUUAACCGACCUUGAGGAGACAUUCAACAAUCUCAGACAGAAUAGAAUGAGGUUAAACCCAGCCAAAUGCAUCUUUGGUGUGGAGUCUGGAAAAUUCCUGGGUUUCAUGGUUUCUUGGAAAGGGAUUGAGGUCAACCUAGAGAAGAUCAGAGCAAUUGCCGAGAUGGAACCGCCGAAGUCAGUGAAGGAUAUACAGAGGUUGAUUGGAAGGGUAGCAGCUCUUCAUCGGUUCAUAUCGAAGUCAGCAGAUAAGUGCCUACCGUUUUUCAAAAUUAUGCGGUCAGCUGCCCAAAAGGAUGAAUCGAAUGAAGCCAUUAGUUCGGUUCUGGUAAGAGAAGAAGCCAAGCAGCAGAAACCAAUAUAUUAUAUCAGUAGUGUGCUGCAUGGAGCCGAGCUGAGGUAUCCUAUAGCUGAGAAAGCAGCUUUAGCAGUUUUCAUUUCGGCCAAAAAGUUGAGGCCAUAUUUCCAGUCGCACCCGAUCAUUAUUCUUACAGACCAACCCCUUCGGCAGAUUCUGCAAAAGCCUGAGUGUAAUUCCAUUCCUACUCCGGAGCCUAAUAACUGGACCUUAUAUGUUGAUAGGGCAUCUAGUAGCAAAGGUUCAGAAGCUGGUGCUUUCUUGAUCGGCCCAGAUGGAUACCGAAGUGAACAUGCUUUGAAAUUUAACUUCGGUGCAACAAAUAACAUGGCUGAGUAUGAAGCCCUGCUACUUGCUCUGGUGGCCAAGCUGAAGUGCAAAUUCCAGAAAUUCUGUCUGAGCAAAAUCCCCCGAACUGAGAAUGAACAGGCAGAUUCACUCUCUAAAUUCGCCUCUGAUAGUUCUUCACAUUCCAGAUCAGUUUUUGUGGAGGUCUUAGAUGAACCAAGCUUCAUGAAGCCACGGGAGGCAAUGAAGUUGAGGAGGAAAGCAUCUCGGUAUACACUUGUUAAUGGGGUCCUCUAUAAGCGAUCUUUCUCUCUCCCUCUUCUACGGUGCUUGAAUCCCUAUGAAGCAGAAUAUGCACUCAGGGAGGUGCAUGAAGGUGUCUGCGGAAGUCAUGUGGGGGCCCGAACUUUGGCUCAUAAAGUCCUUAGACAGGGUUAUUAUUGGCCCAACAUGUACAAGGAUGCCACUCACUUUGUUCAGAGAUGCUUGAAAUGCCAGUUCUUUGCGCACUUGACUCACCAGCCUGCAGAAGAGCUCACUACUCUGGUAGCACCGUGGCCAUUUGCUCAGUGGGGAUUGGAUCUUUUGGGUCCGUUCGUGAAGGGGGUUGGUGGUGUAACCCACUUGAUUGUUGGUGUAGAUUAUUUCACAAAGUGGGUUGAAGUUCGGCCGUUAUCCAGUCUUACUUCCAAGAAGGUUGAAGACUUUGUUUUCAGCUCAAUCAUCUGCAGAUACGGGAUCCCAAAUCAGAUUGUGGCUGAUAAUGGAACUCAAUUUAACUGCACCUCUUUUCGAGAUUUCUAUUCCAGCUACGGGAUAAAACUGCAGUUCACCUCGGUUUACCAUCCGGAGUCCAACGGCAUGGUCGAAUCUGUAAACAAGUGCAUCUUAGAAGGUAUAAAGCCAAGGCUAGAACAACACAAGACCAAAUGGGCAAACGAGCUCAACAACGUCCUCUGGGCAUACAGAACUACGAGUCGAACUGCCACAGGUGAAACACCCUAUCAUCUGGCCUUUGGUACCGAAGCAGUCAUUCCUAUCGAGAUAGGAGUUCCAAGCUUCAGAGUCACCCAUUUCGAUGAAGGACGAAAUGGACAACUGCUUCGGGAAAACCUUGAUUUGCUUGAUGACGUUAGAGAAGAAGCACGACUUCGAACUCUAGUCUACAAGCAGAAAAUAGCAAACUUCUAUAACAAACGAGUUCGACCCCGAACAUUCAAAGUAGGAGACCUUGUCCUCAAUAAAGCUGGUUUGACGGGAGUCGAAACUUGAUUCGGCAAGUUGGCACCAAACUGGGAAGGCCCCUACACUGUUCCCGAAGUGCCGCACCCAGGUGCAUAUAUUCUAUGGGACACUGAAGGCAACCGGGUUCCCAGGGUCUGGAAUGUCAAUAAUUUGAAGAAAUUCUACCCUUAGCACACUUCGUUCCAGUAAACUUUGUCUUAUCGCCAUCUUUCUGUUCAAUGUAUAUUAAAACUCAAUUCCUUUA